CCGGCAUGGAAGAAGGAAACAGCGCGGAAGAAAGGAAUAAUGCGGAAGCCAGCAAACGGAUACGAAAACGGAAGCCUAUUGUUGUCUCGACCGACAUGGAAGAAGGGAACAGCGUGGAAGAAAGGAACCAUGUGGAAGCCAGCAAACGGAUACGAAAACGGAAGCCUAUUGUUGUCUCGACCGACAUGGAAGAAGGGAAAAGCGUGGACGAAAGGAACCACGUUGAAGCCAGGCUCUUUGCCCCUUUCCGUCACCUUGAGAAAAUAGGAUACAGGUUAAGACUCUUGGAGAACGAGUCACUUGCUGUUGUACACGUCCCCGGUCUUUCUGACGACGCCUUUGAUGUCGACGGGAACUGCCACGUGUGGAGUAUUGUAAAGAUGAUAGGGAGGGCUGUCGAUUUUGCACACUGUUAUCCUCUGGACAGUUCAGAACGCUUCUUCCUGGACUAUGGGAUACUUUUCGAUCGAUUGUUCACCUUCAUGGCUUCUUCGUCCUUUGAGUUUAACAAGUGUUUGUAUGAACCUCUUGUGUCAAAAUGGCCGCUCAAGGUCAAUGUGCAGCUCGGAUACAUCGGGAAGUCUUCCACCAAUUUUGUCAAUAAUGUUGUUGAACCAUCAUCGGGGGAGAUACUGGUGAGAAAUAUCAACCAGCUUGUUGCCAUUGACAAGGAAACGCGGAAACCGACGCCAUUCCCGUCAUGGUGGAAGGAGAAACACGGGGAGAAGGCUGUCAGGAAGGAACCACUGAUUGUCCAGAAGCUUUCCAAACCUGACAACGCCCACACCUACACCUUACGUGCGUCGUGGAGCGAAACAGACCUGUACAAUCACGUCAACUGGACGUCUUAUGUGGUGUACUCCAUCGAUGCCCUCCGCCACGGGAUCAAGGAGGGAGUGUUGAGAGGCAUGAACAAGGAGGUGGUCAAGAAUGGAAUACAGAGGAUGCAGAUGGCUUACUUUGGUGAAUGUGUAGAAGGGGACCAGUUGACUGUUUACUUCUGGGAGGUGAAGGACCAGCCUAGGACUGUGUAUUUUGACAUAGAAAGAGAUGGGACAUCCGUCUUUCAAAACACAUUAACAUACCACCAGUAGGAACAAUAUUUGUUAAUUUAUCACCGUCUUUAGAAGUAGAUGCUUCUCGUCAUGAUGAUCACCGGUUUCCCAGAACAUACUUAUCUGUCUUAAGAGUAACAUGCUUUUGAUGAAUGAAAUUCAACUCCGAAUUGUAUUUUACUGUUGUAUUACUGAAAUUCGCCCUACAUGUGUCUAAAUUUGUCAGCUUCUUUACAGUGCUGGUGGGUUCACCAAAGCUUUACCGCUUUGUCUAAAACCAGCAUCACCUUGUUUCGUUCGAUAUUAAACUGACAAGCCGUAAUGGAACUUGAUUACUGUUCGAAACGACGUUAAGAGGUAAAGAUGCUAAAUCACUGGCUUAUAUACCAAAUUGAAUGAACUUGAACUUAAAAUUACUCCUUCAACUUCGCAAAAAAGCAGUUGCCUCUCUCUUGUCAACAUUCGUAUGACCUGACUUAUCCUGUAAUU